AGGGGCGGGGCGGGUCUCCGCAGCAGUGAUGGGGGCGGCGGGCGGCCCAGGAACCAGACACCGAGGACGAAUAAGUGAUGCUCACUCGCACGCAGCCUGCGACCAGACCGCCACCGCCGAGGGCCGGCGGGCCAGGGCCAGUCCCAGGACCAACCCGGCCAGCGGCAUCGCUCCGUUCCCCGGACCUGCUGCCGAGCCGAGCGUGACGAUGGCGCAGCAUUGGCGAGGCGCGGAGCCCCGCUGGGCACUGGGCGGCGCCGUGCUGGGGGUUUGUCUCGCGGGGGUCGCCGGGCAGCUGGUGGAGGAACACCUCUUCUCCCAGCUCAUCAAGGGAAACUGCAUUGGAGUCAUCUUCCUGCCAUCUACCUACAGCCUAAGCAAGGGCUUGGCUGAGCCUGGGGGAUCCAGGGAAGCACCAGAAAGAUGGCCAGGGCUCGAAUCCAUGGUACCCACCCACUCCAGCCCUGCCGCCAUCAUCCUCCAUCAUGUUGUAGGCUCUGAUGGAGGCUGGGGCCUCCAUGUCUCAGAGUUCAGACCCCCAGUAGAUAGAUACCCAACUUGUUGCCCUCUACCAAAGACCCCUGUGGGGAUGAGAGUAUAAGCCCCCAAGCAAACCCACCACAAACAAUGCUUGGCCAGGCUCAGAGUCUGAGAUGCUUACUUGUCCUUCCGAGUGUUCCAGACACACAACCCAGACAAGCCAACACACUGAGCCUUAGAAUCAGGGACCCCUGCCACUGCCCAGACCAUGGCCCUGACUUUACAGAUGUGUGCCCAACCACAUGCACAUGUACUCCAACCACAUGUGCCCUGUACCCACAAAUGUGUGCCCCAAUCCCACACACAUGUGCCUGUUCCCACACAUGUUCCUCAACCCCACAUACAUGUGUCUGACCCCACAAAAGGAUCCAGGUUCCUGGGGUGAUACCUAGGAAGGGUGUCAUCUUGUCAAUUUUACCACUCGGGUUGGGUAGAGAGAGCUUCUCAGAGACCCUGAAACUACCCCACUCGUUACAGAUAGAGAAACUGAGGCCUAGAGAAAAGAGGGCUCCCACCCAAGUUCACUCUGGUUGAGAAACAAGCCAGGGAAUCAUGUACCAAUCCCUGGCACACAGAUCCUCUGGGUUACCUGGGACCAGUUGCUGAUCCUCUCUCCAAAUGUCAUGCUGAGCAUACCCAGCACAGGCUGACAGUGUUCAUGAGCUGAGGAAGUACGUGGCUUGUGGUAGGUGCCCAAUCCAUGCUUAUGGAAUAGGGGAAAGCCUGGACAGAUGGUUAAGCUGUGGGUUACCUUUCCUUCCCAGAGAGCCAGAGGAGACUCCUCAUGCCUGUCCCUGUUCGGUUCAUCGGGACAGUGUGCCGCACAGAUGCUCCAGGGUCUCCUCUCCCUCUGAGCGCUAACUUGCCACCACCUCCUUCAGCCAAAUUUGGUGACAGAGAUAGGGUCAUAUCCUCUCAGCCCCACAGGGCAGGGACAGGUCUUCCUCAGACCCACCAGGGCAGGACCAUGUCCACUCAGACCCCAGGGCUGGGCCGUGGUGUCCCCCCAGAAGGCGGGAGGGGGCCGCAGCUGCGCUCUCCUCAGGCCUGCUCCAGCCAUGCUCACAUCUUUUGGCCUCCAGGUGUCGCUGUGGAAUUGCGAACAAAUGUCCUUGUCCUGGGAGAACUCUGGCCUAGACUUUGGGUGGGAAGAGGUGCCUCCCGUAGGAUAGGCAGCUGUUGGGCCAUCUGGUGGGGGUCCUGGUAGGGCCGCAGAACCACAGGGCCCUGACUCCAGCUCUACACCACACCCCACACUGGGGAUACCUGAAAGUAAAGUCCCCUAGGGCCACAGAGGCCCCACCUUGUCUCUGGCUUUGGUCCUGAGACUCCAACUUUGCUUGAGGUGCAGGACUGGAGCAGGAGGAAAGAACUGCAGGCUGCCUGCAGGGGCCUUGAAUCUGACUAGGACUGGCCUUCGAGGCCUGCCCCUUCCAGCCCUGGUUAACCCAAGCAUCACCCACCCUGGCACUCCAAGUCCCUGGCUCCACAUUUCUCGGGUUCCACUCUUCUCUUGUCCUAAAUCUGGCACUUCCCAAGUCUAGAGCAUUGCUUGUGAAAGCCUAAGACACUUAAUUCUAGAAGAAUCUAAAAUCCUGGGCUGAGUCCUUGCUGAGACCUGGGUCUUUCAGCCCAGUCCCAGACCCUCGCUCAUUCCCCUCUCU